CGCACCUCUCAUCGACAAUCUUCACUUCACCUUGUUAGGCCAAAUAUUUUCCGUUUGUUUCUCGAGAAAAUUCCGAAUUCUCUAAUGGCGAAACUACGAUUACCCUAAAGCACUCAUCUCCUGGAGUCAGAUAACAACAUAAUCACAGAUGUUCCUGAACAACGUAACCCGACGGAAGCUAGCCUCUCUGCUACGGCCAUGGCUUCGAGAAGAGCCCGACCUCGAACUCAAAUUAGGGCUUCUCAAUUCCCAUGCGGUCGCCAAGAACCUCCGCUUCGAUACUUCGGUUCUCAACCAGCUCUUCGACGAAUCGUUCCAGUUUUCCUUCAAAGAGGUCACUGUCGAACACUUAACCGUUCGGUUCUCGAACUGGUUCGUCCCUGCCUUUUCAAUCGAAUUUCAAGGCGUCACUGUGACACUAUCACCUGGGGAAUUGAUGGAAGAGAGAAAUGUAGAACGUAGGCCGAAACCGAGGGAUAAAUUUGCAGAAGAUAUGAAGAAGAAGCUUUCUGAGAUUGAUCCUGAGGGUAGUGCUUUGCGUGGUGUUCUCGAAAAGCUCUUGGCCACUUCUCCUUCAACAAAUAACUUUAGGACAACCCUUAGCAAUCUGAUACUUAAACACUGCCAGCUUCGAAUGCAUGACAUCAAUGUGCAAGUGCAGGGUGGUUUUCUUUUCCUUGAAAUAACAGCUUUGGCUACCUUCGUCAACUGUUUUGCUUCGUAUCUUCAUUGUUUCGCAAAUCUUUUAUCUGGUUUACAAUCAUCUGAUGAACACAUCGAAGAAGCUGAAAUAUCUGUGGAUACAACCAGACCAAAUGAUCAUUCUGUUCAGGAGUAUAUGCAAGAGACUCACUGUACAUCUCAACAGGCCCAAAUCACACAGAUGGAAGCUUUCAUCUUAAAUAUUUCUCAUUUUUCUUGUGUUCUUAUGAUUGAAGACGAACAUGGUGGUAUGCAGGAACUUGUGCUUGAGGUUGAUCUCCAUUUGAACUUUCAUGUGACAAACAUGAGAAGAAAACUCGUAUUUGAUCUGUCUCGCAUGUCAAUCCUUUCUCAGGCCUUUCAAGAAAUUGUGGAAAAUGAAAUCCAAAUUCCUCAUUUUUCUUCUGUCACAUCAAAUGUUUUUCCGUCUGAUGUUGUAUCUGGAGGUUCUGCUGAAUUUUCUCAUCAUGGGGAUAGGAUUCAUCCUGUUAAUGAUGCAAGCUGUUCAAGAGAUCCUGGACCACAGGAAGAGUUUUCUGUACAUAAUUCUCUGCCUGAGGCCUUCCGUCCAAUUCAUCAGAAUUAUAUCCUGAAGCAUGCAGGUGCCGUCAUAUCAGUUGAGAAGCCUUUAAAUGAUUCUUUGUGCUUAAACGAGGUUUGGGUUGGAAGUGGAUCUAUAUCAUGUUUUGAUAUUACAAUAUCUCUGUCUGAAAUACAGAUGCUCUUGUCUAUGAUUUCAUCUUUCUCUGGGGUAUUCAAAGAGGAGAUGAUCAGUGAACCGGAUAGAAGGCACCAGUCAAGUAAUGAGGAAUUCAAAAACAGUUUGGAGACGAUGAUUCCUAACGGUGCAAUAGUUGCAAUUCAGGAUGUCCAUCAACACAUGUACUUCACCGUUGAGGGCGAGGAGAAUAAGUUCAAUUUAGUGGGUGUAGUUCAUUAUUCUCUUGUUGGAGAAAGGGCUCUUUUCAGGGUCAAGUAUCACAACCAAGGGAGAUGGAAGUCAUCAGUUUCGUGGUUCUCCUUGAUAUCAUUGUAUGCUAAGAAUGAUUUAGGGGAGCCAUUGCGCUUGAACUACCGUCCAGGAUCUGGUUUUGUUGACUUAUCUAGCGCUAAUGAUAAUGGGUGGGCACUUUGGAAAGCAAUUUCUUGUGAGCCUGAGAAUUCUGAGGGUGACAUUGACUGGGAGCCCAACAUUCAAUUGGUUCAAAGGACCUUUUACCUUUUGAACAAGAAGAGUGACUCUGCUGUUGCCUUUGUAGAUGGAAUUCCAGAGUUUGUUAGGAAGCCUGGAAAUCCAUUCAAGUUGAAAGUGUUCCAUAAUGCUUCUGUAGCUCGUGACAUAAAGAUGGAUAGUUACCCUGGGGAGGCAUCUGGAACUAGUCUGCAACAUGAUGCACUCAGAGAUGACGGGAACACUUCUGUGAGAAGUGGAAAACUCCCUUGCAUUGAUGUUACUUUUGACAAAAUUUCUUUGACCAUUUUCCAUGAACUUGUACAUACAGAAGACAUGUUUCCUCUCCUUUGUGGUUGUAUUGACCAAACCAAACUUACUGUCCAAAUUCUCCCUUCUAAAACUAGGGUUAUAAGCAUGUCAACUGCAGUGCUACAUUACUUUGAUGCACAAAAAAACUUAUGGAGAGAACUUCUCCACCCAGUUGAAGUAUGCCUUUUCUAUCGUUCUAGCUUCCAACUUCAGGGAUCACAAGCUGUUUCGCAUGGAGUACCUGUUCAUAUCCACUGCAGAACUAAAGAGUUGAAUAUAUCCCUUUCCGAGCUUUCACUGGACAUACUUCUCUAUGUGAUUGGGAAAUUGAAUUUAGCCGGUCCUUAUUCGGUGAGAAGCAAUAAGAUUUGGGCCAAUUGCUGCAAGGUGGUGAACCAGUCAGGAUCAGACCUUCUCUGUCACUUCUUUGACAAGCAAAGUGUAACAGUUUCUAGAAUGCAGUCUGCAUCCGUUAUUUUAAGGUGCUCGGAUUUGGCAAAUCAACCUCCAGAGAUUGCUUCAGUUGUUUCAAUCCAACUUGCAGUUCCUAGAUCUUUUGUGACUAAAUCAAUUGAUGUCUCUCUCAUAGAAGCUCAAGUAGUUGCUUGGAAAACGCAAAUAACGUCACUUCAAGAUUCAAAAAGUUUCCCUGGCCCAUUUGUUGUUGUUGAUGUUUCAAGAAAAUCUGAGGAUGGUUUGUCAAUUGUUAUUUCUCCUCUGAUAAGAAUACAUAAUGAAACUGGAUUCCCUAUGGAGCUACGAUUUCGACGAGCUCAGCAGAAGGAAGAUGAGUUUGCUUCAGUGAUGCUAAAUGCAGGUGAUACAAUUGAUGACUCCAUGGCCAUGUUUGAUGCUCUAAAUCUUUCUGGUGGAAGAAAGAAGGCACUGAUGUCUUUAGGUCUUGGUAACUUCUUGUUGUCUUUUAGACCUGAAAUUCCAGAUGGCUUAAUGACUUCCAAGAAUUCACUUUCAGUGGAAUGGUCAGAUGAUCUUAAAGGUGGAAAGGCAGUUCGUCUCUCUGGAAUUUUUGAUAGAUUAAGCUACAGAGUGCGGAAUGCUUUGUUUACAGAGUCGGUGAAAUGUUCCUUCAGCACUGCACAGUGUACCCUUAAAUCUGAAGGGGCCAGUAUUUCUGACAUGCAUUUUCUGGUUCAAAGUAUUGGGAGAAAUGUUCCUGUUGUACAACCUAAUCGGUCUACAGAUGUCCUCGAAAAUAACAAAUCACCAGUUGCAUUUCAAGAGCAAAAGGAUAUUUAUCUUCUUCCUACAGUACGCGUAUCCAAUUUGUUGCACACGGAGGUACAUGUAUUUUUAAGUGAAUCAGAUCGAUGUUACACUGUUGGGUCUGACAACGACAGGAAUCAAUCAACCAUAUCAUGUGGUUCAAUGGUCGAAUUUUAUGCCAAUCCUUCCAUAAUUUACUUUACUGUUACUUUGACUGCUUAUAAUUCAAGCUGCAGACCAGUGAACAGCAGUGACUGGAUCAAAAAGUUACAGAAGCAGAAAAGUGAUGUCCCUUGUUUGGACAUUGAUCUGGAUUUUGGUGGGGGCAAGUAUUUUGCUUCCUUAAGAUUGUCUCGAGGGAACAGGGGAACAUUAGAGGCUGCUAUCUUCACAUCAUAUUCCCUGAGAAAUGACACAGAGUUUACCCUUUAUUUCUAUGUGCCUAAUAAGAGGCCUCUUUCUAGGGAUGAAGCAGAGAACUAUGGUUCGGGCAUUCCUCCAGAGUUUGGAUCAUAUUUGCCUCCAAAGACAACCAGAUCAUGGUUCUUAAAACCCAACAAAGUGUGUGUCAAAUUGCUAGAAGAUAAUGCAUCUGAGACACUGAUCGACUUGGAUGCUUUAUCAGGCCUUGCGGAGAUAAGCUUGGAAGUCGAGGAAGGAUCUGGAGUCAAAUAUAUUACAAAGCUUGGGGUUUCCACGGGACCACCUUUGAGUAGAGUGGUUAUACCAUCACAAGUAGUAACUAUGGUCCCAAGACAUGUUGUAGUUAAUGAGUCAGAACAACGUAUCAUAGUUCGUCAAUGUUAUUUACAGGAUGACUCAGUGGGCAUGAUCCCCAUAAACAGUAAGCAGAGGGCAACUCUACAGCUGCAGGAUGGCAUGAACAAGAAGAGAGAUUUCAGUUUAUUUGAGCACAUUAUGAAAAAGCACAGAAAAGUUAAUGAUGAUUCACUAAUAUAUCUUCAGUUUCAAUUGAAUGAGUCUAAAUUAAGUUGGUCAGGGCCUGUAUGCAUUGCAUCACUAGGAAGAUUUUUCCUCAAAUUCAAAAAGCCUCAUAUGGACCAAGUGACAGCACUAGAAAGCAGUGUAACAGAAUUCGCUGCUGUUCAUGUUGUGGAAGAAGGUUCUACUCUUGUUUUACGCUUCCAUAAACCUCCAAAUGUCAGUCUACCAUAUCGGAUUGAGAAUUGCUUGCAUGAUGUAUCUAUAACUUACUACCAGAAGGAUUCAUUGGAGCCAGAGAUUCUUGGAUCUGAAAGUGUUACUGAUUAUGUUUGGGAUGAUUUGACUCUUCCGCAUAAGUUGGUUGUCAGAAUCAAUGAUAGUCUUCUACUACGUGAAAUUAACUUGGAUAAGGUACGGGCAUGGAAGCCUUUCUACAAACUACGGCAACAGAGUGGGUUGGCAUCUCAUUUACCAUUGGGAAAAAGAUCAGUAGACCAGAGGAUUGAUUUUGGUGAGUUAAAUGCCAUGGAGAUGGUGAAGGUGGGGUACGAAGUAUAUGCAGACGGUCCAACCCGGGUUUUGAGAUUUUGUGAGAUUUCCAGGAGCCACAAGGGAGAUAAAAUGUUUCAUUCAUGUGAGAAGAUUCAACUAAGAGUUCCACAAUUCACAAUCCUCCUACUUGAACAUGAAAAGAAGGAUGGAGAUGAUAUGGAGCCAUCAGCUUACACACCAAUCUUAGCUGCUAGAAUUGGGAAUAUUAACUUUGAUUCUCUCUUUACUCAUGAGCAAAAAUUUAGCCAGAUCUGUGUACAGUCAGUGAAUUUGGAGCCCAAGUGGGUGGGGGCUCCGUUUGCAGCAAUGCUUCGUAGACAUGAAUCCGACUACAAUGACUCAAAUGACUGUGUACUCAAAAUUGUUGUUGUCUUCCUUUCAACCAGCUCCAAUGUCGUACAAGUUAAAUACUCAUCUAUUGCUCUGCAGCCAAUGGAUUUAAAUCUUGAUGAGGAGACAUUAAUGAAAAUCGUCCCAUUUUGGAGAACAUCUCUUAGUAACUCCAAGAGUCAGCAAUACUAUUUUGAUCAUUUUGAGAUUCACCCGAUAAAGAUUUUUGCGAACUUUCUUCCUGGGGACUCGUAUUCAAGUUACAGUUCAGCUGAGGAGACUCUAAGGUCCUUACUGCACAGUGUAGUAAAGGUCCCUGCGAUUAAAAAUAAGGUUGUAGAGCUCAACGGCGUUAUGGUCACUCAUGCUCUGAUAACGAUGCGUGAAUUACUUAUCAAAUGUGCACAACAUUAUUCAUGGUAUGCCAUGAGGGCUAUCUAUAUUGCAAAAGGAAGUCCAUUGCUUCCACCAGAUUUUGUGUCAAUCUUUGAUGACUUGGCUUCAUCCUCUCUUGAUGUCUUCUUUGAUCCUUCCCGUGGGUUAAAAAAUCUUCCAGGUUUGACUUUAGGUACCUUCAAGUUAAUCAGUAAAUGUAUUGAUGGUAACGGGUUCUCAGGGACAAAACGCUAUUUUGGUGAUCUAGGAAAAUCUUUGAGAACAGCGGGGUCAAAUGUACUCUUUGCUGCGAUCACUGAAAUAUCAGACUCUGUUUUGAAGGGUGCAGAAGCAAGUGGUUUUAACGGAGUGGUGACUGGAUUUCACCAAGGAAUAUUGAAAUUGGCUAUGGAGCCAUCAUUACUGGGGACCGCUUUGAUGGAAGGUGGCCCAGAUAGAAAGAUUAAGCUUGACCGGAGUCCUGCGGCUGAUGAGUUAUAUAUUGAAGGUUACCUGCAAGCCAUGUUGGACACAGUGUUUAGACAAGAAUAUUUGAGAGUCAGGGUCAUCGACAAUCAGGUUUACCUCAAAAACCUACCCCCGAACAGUUCUCUUAUAGAAGAGAUUAUGGACCGUGUGAAGGGAUUUCUUGUGAGCAAGGCAUUGCUAAAAGGAGAUCCUUCAAUUACAUCUCGCCCCUUGAGUCAUCUUCGAGGUGAAAGUGAGUGGAGACUCGGACCGACUGUGCUGACAUUAUGUGAGCACCUGUUCGUGAGCUUCGCCAUUCGAUUGCUGAGGAAGCAAGCGAAUAAGUUCAUCGCCAGCAUCAAAUGGAAUUCGGAGGGUGACAAUGCAAAGGCAGUUGUGCCUGCAAACCCUGCUGAGGUAGCACCCAGGGUUAAGUUCGCUUGGAAAUGGGGCAUUGGGAAGUUUGUUUUAUCAGGCAUUGUAGCAUAUAUAGAUGGUAGGUUAUGUCGUUGUAUUCCUAAUCCGGUAGCCCGUCGCAUUGUCAGUGGCUUUUUGUUGACUUUCCUCGAUAACAAGAACAACGAAUGAAACUCCUUCCCCGUUUGCA